CUACUGUUCUCGGGGGAACGCCGAAAAUUUCGUAGGUUUUAGGGACUCUUCAACGUAAGAGUAAUUAGUGAUUGAAUAGCUCAGUUGGUGAGAUGAUAUCUCUGUCAGAGUCGAGUGAGGACGAGACGGAGUUGCAAACUCCGAGAUCCAUUCGGAGAAACUCACGCUUCAGUACAAGAAGUGUGACGCCCGGAACACCAUCUUCAGCGAUAAGUUCUAUAGUUUUCGGGCCGAUUUCCGAUGAAGUCCUUCGCAUUUGGAGCACACUGCCCGAGUCAAUUCGUCUAGAUCCCAGCCUAGCAGCAAUCCACAGACAAUACGAGAGACUGAGUCACGUAAUCGAGAAAAACGCAUCACUCAAUAUUCCCGGGGGUGAACAACUCGUAAAUAUGUCCGUCUGCGCGCAACCCUCUACAUCCAAACAAGCAUCACCCACCCACGAAAAAAAAGCCUACGACAUCGACACAGAUUCAAACGGGUCUCGGCAAAGUCCGCUCUAUCGUUACACCAAACUAGUCCUGCUCACAUGUUGUUGGACCAUCUUCACCUUGAUAUUGAUGAUGAAAGGUGAGAACUCGGUGGAAAUGCAUUGGAUAGUGGUGCCGAAUAAUUCUCUCCGCAUUUUUCCGAUUUCGGGAGAGCCGAUCAGCAGUCGCAUCUACAUGGCAAUCGAAGGCUCUCUGUUUCCCCCACGUCGUGGUUACCAAGAAUCCAAUCGCUCCCGGUAUCACCUCAUCAUCUGGUUCGAACAAGUUGUAGAUAAAGCGGAGAAUGCAGCAGUUUUCCAGCGAUUUAGCACAAACGUGUCUGAUCAGUGGGUACUUCCUCUACUGCCGCCCUACUACAUGGACUUCUUUCCGAAUCAAACAACGGGUCGCCUGGUGGAGUUGACAAAAAUUCACGGAAACUAUUCGACCACAAUUCUGCGAAUGAAUCUAUUCUCAAAUUUCCCCACGAGCUUUCCGAUAAACAUCGGCUACGAUCUGUCCCCAGCCCACUCUGAAGAUGGCAUCAUCUAUGGAGCUGUCGUUCUCGUAGGUCUCUACGUCCUCAUAAUUUUCGAAGUAGUUCACAGAGCACUGGCAGCUAUGCUCGCCUCCACCAUGUCCCUAGCAAUUCUGGCGGUCUACAACGAGCGCCCCACGAUGACAGAGUUCGUCUCUUGGAUUGACAUCGAUACAAUUCUCCUCCUGUUCUCAAUGAUGAUAAUCGUAGCUGUCAUCGCUGAGACCGGACUGUUUGAUUACCUGGCUGUCUACGCUUACAAAAUAACUGGGGGCAAGAUCUGGCCACUCAUCAGCACCUUGUGCUUCUUCACAGCAGCUCUAUCCUCGAUUCUGGAUAACGUGACGACAGUGCUGUUGAUGACGCCCGUGACGAUAAGACUCUGUGAAGUUAUGGAGUUGAAUCCCGUGCCAAUUUUGACAGCAAUGCUGAUCUACUCGAAUAUUGGAGGGGCCUUGACACCCGUUGGAGAUCCACCCAACGUGAUAAUCGCGUCGAAUCGUGAUGUUGUUAAUGCCGGAGUUGACUUUGGGACUUUUGUCCUUCACAUGAGUCUCGGUGUACUCAUCGUACUGGUCGUAGUUUACGGACAACUGCGAUUCAUCUUUCGUGACAUCUCGGUGUUGGGUUUUGAUGAGCCCCAGGAUAUUCAGGAUCUGCGGCAUGAGAUCGCUAUCUGGCAGAGAGCAGCUGCAAGUCUGUCUAGUUACAGCAAGGAUGAGAAUAUGGUGAGGGAGACGCUUGUUAAGAAAGUACACAGAUUACUCUCGCUGCUGAAGAAGAAGCUGAUGACAGGAAGUGUUGCACUUGAGAAGUACAAGACAACGCUGGAAGAGCUGCAGGAGAAGUAUCCCAUCAGAAAUAGAACGCUUCUGAUAAAAUCAGGGGUCGUUCUGCUCUUUGUUAUCCUUUUGUUUUUCCUGCAUAGUCUUCCAGCUUUGCAUUUAACAUUGGGAUGGACUGCUUUGCUUGGAGUGCUAUUGCUUCUCAUAAUUGCUGAUGCUCAGGAUCUGGAUGGAAUAUUGGCGAGGGUUGAGUGGAGCACUUUGAUCUUCUUCGCGUCGUUGUUCAUACUCAUGGAGGCAUUGUCACGUAUGGGUCUCAUUGCAUGGAUUGGAAAGCAAACCGAGUGGGUCAUUCUGUCGGUAUCCGAGGAAUCCAGAUUGGCUGUUGCAAUUUUGUUAAUUCUGUGGGUAUCAGCAUUCGCAAGUGCUUUUCUUGACAAUGUUCCUCUAGCUACGAUGAUGGUGAGGAUUGCGAUUAAUUUAUCCCAAAAUGAUGAACUAAAUUUGCCACUGCAGCCACUCGUUUGGGCGCUAGCCUUCGGUGCUUGUUUCGGGGGGAAUGCUACUUUGAUUGGAGCCACCGCCAAUGUCGUUUGUGCUGGUGUUGCUGAACAGCAUGGAUAUCGCUUUACAUUCAUCCAAUUUUUCAAAGUGGGAUUUCCAAUCAUGGUGACGAGUACAUCAGCAGUUACUGUUUAUCUACUCAUCGCUCAUGUUGCUUUCAACUGGCAUUGAAGGCGAAAAAAAUCAUUGUUACACCGGUUUCUGCGUGAUAUCAGUGAUAUUGUGUAAAGGAUUUUGCAAGUUAUAAUGUGAUGUUUUGGUUUUAGUAUCAUAUUUAUAUUGUCCGUUUUAAUCAUUAUUUUGCAUUGUGUAAAUUCAACAGUAUUGCAAUCGCUCUCCGGUUCUUCAUAUCACUCGAUUUUUUAUGAUUGUACAAAACAAUUUGUAAACUAUUUUUGCGCAAUAAUGAGAUACUUAUUUAUUAGAA